CACUGAGGGGGGUAUGCUGUGUAUAUAGGAGGAGGGGGGUGCACUGUAUAUGGGGAGUGUACUGUACAUGUCUGACUCUGUGUGUGUCCCCUCUGCAGGUGUACCCGGAGCCGCGCACAGAGACCGAGUGUCUGGGAAACAUCAGGGAGUUCCUGAAGGGCUGCAGCGCAUUCAACCUGGAAACAUUUGAAGCCAAUGACCUGUAUCAAGGACAAAACUUUAACAAGGUGCUGAAUUCCCUUGUUCUUCUAAAUAAAGUCACAGCAGAUAUUGGCUUGGGAAGUGAUUCUGUGUGUGCCCGCCCGUCUUCACAUCGGAUAAAGUCUUUUGAUUCCCUUGGGUCACAGUCUGUUCUAAGCCGCUCAUCGAAAUUAUUGCAGGGUCAAUAUCGAAGCCUGGACAUGACCGAUAACAGCAACCAUCACAUGGUGGUUCGAGCAAAGUUUAAUUUUCAGCAGACCAAUGAAGAUGAGCUGUCAUUCUGUAAGGGAGACAUAAUUCAUGUUACACGGCUGGAAGAUGGCGGCUGGUGGGAGGGAACACAAAGUGGUAAAACAGGAUGGUUCCCGAGCAACUAUGUCCGAGAAAUCAAGUCCUCUGAGAAACCAGUAUCACCCAAGUCUACAACACUGAAAAGCCCACCAAAAGGGUUUGAAAACAUCUGCAAUCAACAAAAGCUACUACAAUGUGGUGCUACAAAACAUUCUAGAAACUGAGAAUGAGUACUCAAAGGAGAUCCAAAAUUUGUUAUCCAAUUACCUUCUCGUCAUUUACAAUCCAGUGAAAAGCUUAGUCCAACUAGUAUCUCUUACCUAAUCGGAAACCUGGAGGAAAUUUGUGCCUUCCAGCAGAUGUUGGUCCAGUCUUUGGAAGAAUGUACCAAAUUGCCCGAAGGUCAACAGAGGGUUGGAGGAUGCUUUUUGAACCUGAUGCCUAAGAUGAAGAAUCUUUACCUAGCUUAUUGUGCCAAUCACCCUUCUGCUGUAAAUGUACUGACACAACAUAGCGAAGAGCUUGGAGAAUUCAUGGAGAUGAAAGGUGCCAAUACUCCUGGUAUUCUUGUGUUAACGACCGGCCUUAGCAAGCCAUUUAUGCGUCUGGACAAGUACCCAACAUUACUAAAAGAGUUGGAACGACACAUGGAGGAUUAUCACCCAGAUAGGCCAGAUAUACAGAAAUCCAUGACUGCUUUCAAGAAUCUAUCGGCACAGUGCCAAGAGGUGAGAAAAAGAAAGGAGCUGGAACUUCAGAUUCUGAAUGAGGCUAUUCGUGGCUGGGAAGGGGAAGACAUCAAGACCCUAGGCACUGUUCUUUAUAUGUCACAAGUAAUGAUACAGUGUGCAGGAAGUGAGGAAAAGAAUGAGCGGUAUCUUCUACUCUUUCCUAAUGUGUUGUUAAUGCUGUCUGCAAGUCCAAGAAUGAGCGGUUUUAUCUAUCAGGGCAAACUUCCUCUAACGGGGACAUGCAUCACAAAGUUGGAAGAUAAUGAAAAUCACAAGAAUGCCUAUGAAAUUUCUGGUAACAUGAUUGAAAGGAUAAUUGUGUCAUGUAAUAACCAACAAGAUCUACAGGAAUGGGUGGACCAUCUACAUAAACAAACUAAAUUUACCUCUAUGACCAAUCCCACAAUAAAGCCUCAUUCGGUGCCCUGUCAUACACUUCCUUCUCACCCAGUUACCCCAUCAAGCAAGCAUUCAGACCUCAAGCCAGCACCUCACACACCCCGCGUAUCACACAUUGCCACACCUCUCACACCAUGGAACGCCACACAGUACCAUCAGCUGGAGCCCACUGGAACCACCAAAAACAUCAAAGCCUUGGAGCUUAAGUUGCUUGCGUCCUGCCCCUCCACUCCGACCUUCUGCAGCACUCUGUUAUAAAGAGAGGAUGUCUUGUAUUCUUAAGGAUCUCAGUAAAAGUCCCAAAACAAUGAAAAAAUUACUUCCCAAGCGCAAGCCCGAAAGGAAACCAUCUGAUGAAGAAUUUGCAUUGAGAAAGAGCACAGCAGCACUAGAGGAAGAUGCCCAGAUAUUGAAGGUUAUUGAAGCCUAUUGUACAAGUGCCAAAACACGUCAAACUUUAAAUUCCACAUGGCAAGGCACUGACCUGAUGCAUAAUCACGUCUUGGCUGAUGAUGACCAAUCAAGUCUAGACUCCUUGGGUCGUCGCAGUAGUCUUUCUCGUUUGGAGCCUUCAGACCUCUCCGAAGACUCUGACUAUGACAGUAUAUGGACAGCCCAUAGUUACAGAAUGGGGUCUACUUCUCGUUCACGCAAAGAAUCCGCUCCCCAGGUUUUACUUCCAGAAGAGGAGAAAAUAAUUGUAGAGGAAACAAGAAGUAAUGGUCAGACUGUUAUAGAAGAAAAGAGUCUUGUUGACACAGUGUAUGCGUUAAAAGAUGAAGUUCAGGAGCUAAAACAGGACAGUAAAAAGAUGAAGAAGUCUUUAGAGGAAGAACAGCGAGCUAGAAAAGAUCUUGAAAAGCUCAUCAGAAAAGUCCUAAAGAAUAUGAAUGAUCCCUCAUGGGAUGAAACCAAUUUGUAA